AUGGCUCCUAAAUACACAACUUAUACAAUCAUACUAGAGUGGCAGAAAACAAGCCAGAAAAUGAUGAAAGCAAUAACAAGUAACAAGAGAGUACUAAAGAAGCUAAUUUCUUGGAAGCAAUUAAACAUGACUGCUAAAGGUACAUUUCUGAAUAUAAGUAAUCCUUUUUGUAUAAAAGCCACAUCUAAAGCUAUCUCAUGGCUAAGCAUUAAGGUACUUGUUAGACAAGUUACUUCUCCUGUACUAUUCUUAGAACCACUGUUGCUUAGUGUCAAACACUAUACAAAGAACCUUGACAAACUUCAAAAUAGUAUAUCUAUUGUUAUAUCUAUUAAAAUUUACCAAAUAGUUACCAUGUCUGUACUACCAAAAAGAAAGCAUGGCCACAAGGACAAGCAGCCCAUUAAACUAAAGAAAAAAACUCAGGAGGUAUACAUUGAGGCAGCCAUAGCUAAGCUAAUGAAGGACAAAUACAAUAAAGGUAACUUUAUUAAAGACACCCAAAUGGUAGCAAGAAAGAUGAAGGAGUCAAAAGAGCUUGAAGAGAAGCUAGCAGCCAUGGAUCUAGAGGCAGAAACAAUCAGACUUGACAGCCAGCAACAACAAGAGUGGCUUGGCAAAUAUGCAAGGAGUGCCUUCCUAGCACAGGCUGGCUCUAUUAAUGCUAAGCAUGAAAUGAGCAUCUUUAAUGGUAGUAUUGUAAAUCAGACCUACAUGGAUCUAAAGACAUAG